AUGAAUGUUGAGCUGUUGAAGUUUGAGCUAUUCCAUCAGCUUAAUCGCGAUCAUACCAUGGAUAGAUUGAUCCGAUUCCGACAUGGUUGCAAGCAGUACUGCCCAACCAUGAAAACCACUGUGAAAGCAUUCUUCUUAUCCACCAACACGAUCCCUUGGAAUACACAGUUUGCUUUGGUGUUUCCGAUUAGCUCAGUUCUUGCUAAGCUGGGCCCAGAAAGAAGCUCGGGAUGCUCAUCUUAG